CUUCUUGGUGUGGAUAUAAACCGGGGGUCCAGGUGAUGUCUCCUCAUCAACAGGAUCACUCAGCAACCAUGAGGUCUCUGGUCUUUGUUCUGCUCAUCGGAGCCGCUUUCGCCACCGAAGACGACAAGAUCGUCGGAGGGUACGAAUGUGAGCCCUACUCCCAGCCCCAUCAGGUGUCCCUGAACUCCGGCUACCACUUCUGUGGCGGCUCCCUGAUCAACGAGAGCUGGGUUGUGUCUGCUGCUCACUGCUACAAGUCCCGCAUCGAGGUGCGUAUGGGUGAGCACAACAUCAAGAAAACUGAGGGCCAUGAGCAGUUCAUCGCCUCCUCCCGUGUCAUCCGCCACCCCAACUACUCCUCCUACAACAUCAACAACGACAUCAUGCUCAUCAAGCUGAGCAAGCCCGCCAAACUGAACGAGUUUGUCCAGCCUGUGGCCCUCCCCACCAGCUGUGCCCCCGCUGGCACCAUGUGCAAAGUCUCCGGCUGGGGCAGCACCAUGAGCUCCACUGCUGACAAGAACAAGCUGCAGUGCCUGGACCUCCCCAUCCUGACCGAAGAGGACUGUGACAACUCCUACCCUGGUAUGAUCACCGACGCCAUGUUCUGCGCUGGAUACCUGGAGGGCGGCAAGGACUCUUGCCAGGGUGACUCUGGUGGCCCAGUUGUGUGCGAUGGUGAGCUGCAGGGUGUCGUGUCCUGGGGCUACGGAUGUGCUGAGAAGAACCACCCCGGUGUCUAUGCCAAGGUCUGCCUGUUCAACGAAUGGCUUGAGCGCACCAUGGCCACCUACUGAGGGAUGGAUCCCUGUUGACCCCUGUUGACACACCAUGUGCUGUGUUGUACUGUGGAAACUGUGACAAUAAAAAGCAUUGGAAACAUAA